AGACGGCGAUAUUGGGUGCAUCCCAUUACAUCAUGCCGAAUGACACGAGGUGUAUAUUCGACCCUUUAUCAAGAACUCCGAAAACACCCUGUCAAAUUUGCAGAAUAUCUCCGUGUAAGUGUCGCAAGCUUUGAUGACCUUUCCCAACGUUUACGUCGCCGAUUGAGACGGAAGGAUACGAAAUUUCGUCGAAGUGUAACUCCAGAAGAACGACUCAUGGUCACUCUGCGGUUUCUGGCUAGUGGUGAAAGUUUUUCCAGUCUUCAUUUUCAAUUUCGACUAGGGAAAUCUACAAUAUCUUACAUUGUUAAAGAUACCUGCCGGGCAAUUUGGAAUCUUCUGCGUGAAGAAUUUCUUCCCCAUCCUACUUGCCAACAGUGGAUCAGCAUAGCCGACAAGUUUUAUGAGGUGACACAGUUUCCCAAUUGUAUUGGUGCAGUGGAUGGGAAGCAUGUGAGGCUCUUGAAGCCCCCACGUAGUGGAUCCUCCUUUUUUAACUAUAAAAAGUAUUUUUCUUUGGAGAUGAAGCUUUCCAAAUGUGUGGAAAUUUACUGA